AUGGCCGCAAAUCGCGUUAAGUUGUUCCGGGCGGUACUAAUCUGCCAGCUCAUUACUAUCGCACAGUUCAUCGGGUCAGCCAGUGGAUCACUCUUGGCAACGCCCUCCAAACUCGGUGAGGACCUCCAGACUACAUUUUUCCCGAACGAAAGAGAAUCAAUCGAUGAUUGCCACCUGCGGUACUACAAGUAUGGCGAUGGACCGCAAGCAUUGCCUGCCUUCGGAAUACCGGCGUAUUUGCGUGAGUUUGCCCACAUGGCUGCCGUCGGAUGGACGAAACCCGAUGGGUCGAUCGGAUGGAACUGUGGAGGUUCGCUGAUAUGGGAGAACUAUGUCCUAACUGCCGCCCAUUGUGCAGCCGAUGAUGAGAACAUGCAACCGGAUGUGGUUCGCCUUGGAGAUAUCGAUUUGUACAACGACACGGACGACCAAUAUGCGCAGCAGUUAAAGAUAGUCGAAAUUAUACGCCAUCCGGAGCAUCGGUUUAGCUCACGGUAUCACGACCUGGCACUGCUGCGAUUGGAAAAGAACGUAGUAUUACAUGAUACUGUGGCUCCCGGGUGUCUGUGGAACGACGAGGAGAUACCUUUCCCUUCGAUGGACGCGACCGGCUGGGGAGCAACAGGUUUCGGUCAGAAGAGUACUCCCAUCCUUCUGAAGGUAUCGCUAAGCGUCGUCAAAAAGGCAGAGUGUGAUCGACAGUACCGCGCCGGGGAUCGUGGGCUAAAGCAAGGCCUACAAAAUUAUCACCUAUGCGCCGGUGACAUUAAAAUGGACACGUGUCCGGGUGACUCUGGCGGUCCGUUGCAGAUAAAACUGCUACACAACGCAAAGAUGACUCCGUUCGUCGUGGCCGUUACCUCGUUCGGGAGUGUCUGUGGGAAAUCGGUGCCCGGCGUGUACAUGAAGGUAUCCUCCUACAUCCCCUGGAUACGAUCGGAGCUGGCGAAACGUGGCGAAAAGAUUGAAGAGUGGAGUUUUAAACCUUACGCAUGCGCGCUGCGAUAUGUUCACUUGCGAGAGUACGAGGAUGAUGUGGUGGUCGGUAAAUCGGAUAGUUUUGAAACUAUUGAUUCAAGCAAAGCACAUAUGAACAUCAUUGAGUCCACCCAAACUGUGAAGAUACACUGGCCGGUUGGUCGAAAGGCACCCGAGGAAUGCUACGGGGUAGUGAUCGACGAAGACACCGUACUAACGUUGGCCCGCUGUGCCGUUUUCGAAAGGACGCGUGCAUCGUAUAUCGUCCACAACGGUACCAGAAACGAGGUGGUCUAUGUGUACCGACACCCGAUGUACACUCCCAGUUCGUACUACAACGACUUGGCCGUGCUAAAGAUGAAGAAUAGGUUCAAGCUAUCGAGAAAGUUCGUACCUGCGUGUAUCUGGAGUGCUUUCGAUCUACCCGAUCCAAAAUUCUACGUCACCGGGCAGGGUCGUUUGGAUAUAAAUCAGUUUAACUACCACUCCGAAAACAUUACAGAGUUCAAACCCCAAAUUGUUCAACUAUCCCCCCGGGCGGACAUUCAGGGUGAGGGGAACUGUUCCAUCCCGGAGGACUAUCUACCCGGUUUAAGCCGUGGCCUGACGGAGGAGCAUUUGUGCUUCGGUAACAAGCCUUUUCUGGUUCCGGAAGCGUGCCAGAUGCUGCUCGGGGCACCGCUUAGGCGCAACAUAUGGCGCACCUAUCGACACUUUGAGCACAUCUACGGGUUGAACCUGCUCGGGAAGGAUUGUGGCUUCGGAAGGUCGGCCGUGGCGACACGGCUUGGGUAUCACCACGAGUGGUUGAAGUCGGUACUGCUACCCAACUAUCGAGACAACGGCGAUGCGGUGAACUUCUUCAAUCGGGAUCUGGAUGAGUUGGACCACUGCUCGGCCGUGGACGGAAGUGCUGGGCUGUGUGUGAAGGUGGCCACAUGUCCCAAGGUAGCGUACGACAUCGGGGUGAAUCGUAAUGUGCGCUUUUGUGGAACCAAUUCGGUCGUUUGCUGCCCUUAUCAUAACAUCAAAAAUCAAACCACCGCAGCCAGUGCGGAACUGGACGAUUGCGAGAGUCGUUACAGGUCGUUUCACCGGGAAGUUUCCUACGAAACCGGAAGGAUCGAUCAGUUUUUCCAUACGGUUUACAUUGGAUAUCAAACAGAUGGUAAAACGAGUUGGCCCUGCACCGGAACGCUGAUUGCACGAAACCUCGUCGUAUCAUCCGCGUACUGUCUGACACGUGGAAGCGCACCCCCGAACGUGGUAAACAUCGCCACCGGCUCUCCCAACGUGACCAGAAGCCGUCCGCAAGUAGUUAAAAUUGACGCUAUUGCUAUAAAUCGUGGCUACAACCCGAAAACGUACCAGAACGACAUUGCGCUUGUCCGGUUGGAGAAAAACAUUGUUCCAACGGCGGAAAAGUAUCCCAUCUGUCUGUGGCAAAACGAUACACACACUCCGUUUCUGCUGCAGCGAAUGGUCAGGGAGGACGGACAGGUGCGUUUUGUAGAGAACUAUCCGAAGUACAACACCGAUUGCCAGGGGUACCUAAACGAGAGGGGCGGAAGAAAGCUUAGCGCAACCGAGUUUUGCUCCGACAUCGAUUCAGAGGAUGUCGCCUCUAUAUCCGGGGACCCGAUCGUAUGGUACCGGAAGGACAAGGCGGAUAAUACCACCACACAGUAUUUGGUAGGCAUCAUAAGUUUUGGAAAUGCCAAAGAGCAGUUGGGAGUGAAUACGCGAAUAUCUUCGUACGUUGGUUGGAUAAAGAGUUUGAUGUAGGUACGCGAGUACAUUUACUUUACUAGGCAUUGUUGCCCAUUGUCCAAUAUACUCUUCGAAAAAAAAA